AUGCAUGUUACAUGUGGAGCUGAUAUUGAACUUACAUGUCCAAUAAGUUCGAAAAAAAAAUCUGAUGAUGUGGUUUCAUGGUUUCGUCCAAAUUCAUCACAAUCACACUUAAGUUUUAUUGCUAUUGGUGAUAUUCUUUUUCCAGAAUAUGCAACAAUAGGUCGUUUUAAUCUUAUAUCAUCACCAUCAUCGUUACUAUCACGUUUAUUAAUAAAUAAUGUUUCACUCGAAGAUCAAGGAAUUUAUACAUGUAAAUCCAGUUCAAGUGGUCAACAUAGUAGUAUUAAAUUAUUUGUUGAAUCUCAUCUAUAUAUAUCUCCAUCAUCACCUUUACUUCUCUAUCCGGUUAAUCGAACAUUUUCAAUAACAUGUUCAUUAUUAUGCAAUGUAGAAAUAAAUUUAAAUAAUUUCAAUUGGUUUAUUAAUGGAGAAUUAUUAAAUAAUGAUAUUUAUGAUUAUGACAUUGAAAUAAUAUCAUUGAAUACACAACGUCUUACUGUUUAUUUAAAUAAAAAGCAUAAAAAUUUUAUUCAAGCUAAUUUUACAUGUAAAUACGAUGAAAAAGAAACUACUAUAUUAGUCAGACGACGUACAAAAGAAGAAUUGCAUCGAUUACCACGACAACAUGAUUCAGUAGCAGCAGCAUAUUUACUUCAAAAUGUAUUUGAUACCGGUCAAAUACAAUAUUCAUCAUUAUAUAUGACAAUAUUUUUUUUAUUAAUAUUGUCGUUUUAUUAA